AUGCUGUCCAUUCUUUUUACUUCUUUCUUGAUUGCUUAUCUAUCUAUCUAUCUAUCUAUCUAUCUAUCUAUCUAUCUAUCUAUAUUUCUUUCUUGCUUGCUUUCUUUCAUUCUCAUUCAGUUCUUGUUUGCUUUAUCAGUUUCGUUCUUUCUCAGUUGCUUUUCUUUCUUUCUUUUUUCCUUCCUUCCUUCCUUCCUUUCUUCCUUCCUUUCUUCCUUCCUUCCUUCUUUCUUUCUAUCUUUCUUUCUUUCUUUCUUUCCAUUCUUUUUUCAGUCCAUUCUUUUACUUGAUUGCUUAUCUAUCUAUCUAUCUAUCUAUCUAUCUAUCUAUCUAUCUAUCUAUCUAUCUAUCUAUAUUUCUUUCUUUUCUUUCUUUCUUUCAUUUUCUUUUUUUCAUCUUUCUUUCUUUCCAUUUUCUUUUUUUCUUUUUUUCUUUUCUUUCUUUUUUCUUUCGCGGUUUAUUUCUUUGAGAUUGCUUAUUCUAUCUAUCUAUCUAUCUAUCUAUCUAUCUAUCUAUUAUCUAUAUUUUCUUUUUUCUUUUUUUUUCUUUCUUCAUUCUCAUUCCCUGUUUUUUUUCCUUCCUUCUUUCUUUCUUUCUUUCUUUUUCUUUCAUAUCCGUUUUUAUCUUUUUCUUUUCUUUUCUUUUCUUUUUAUCAUAAUAUCUUUCUUUGUCAUUCGUUUUCAUUCUUUCUUUUUCUUUUCUUUCUUUCUUUUUUCCUUCCGUUUUCUUUUUCUUUCCUUUUUUUUAUCAUUAUAUCUUUUCCGUUUUCUUUUCUUCUUCAACCUUUUCUUUCUUUUUCAUAUCCGUUUUCUCUUUAUAUCUUUCUUUGUCAUUCGUUUUCAUUCUUUCUUUCUUUCUUUCUUUUAUCUUUCAUAUCCAUUUUUCUUUUUCAUUCGUUUUCAUUUUCUUUCCUUUUUUUUUUUCAUUAUAUCUUUCUUUGUCAUUCGUUUCAUUCCGUUUUCUUUUCUUUCUUUCUUUUUUAUCAUUUUUUUCAUUUUUCUUUUUUUCUUUUUCUUUUUCUUUCCUUUCUUUCUUUCCCGUUUUCUUUUACUUCUUUCUUUCUUUUAUCCGUUUUUUUUAUAUCCGUUUUCUUUACUUCUUUCUUUCUUUCUUUUUAUCAUUAUAUCUUUCUUUGUCAUUCGUUUUCAUUUUUCUUUCUUUCUUUCUUUCUUUCUUUCAUAUCCGUUUUCUUUACUUCUUUCUUUCUUUUUAUCAUUAUAUCUUUCUUUGUCAUUCGUUUUCAUUCUUUCUUUCUUUCUUUCUUUCUUUUUUAUUCCGUUUUUUGCUUUUCUUUCUUUUUAUCAUUAUAUCUUUCUUUGUCUUUCGUUUUUUCUUUCUUCAUUUCUUUCUUUCCUUUUUUUUCUUUUUAUCUUUUUCAUUUUUUCUUUUUCUUUCUUUUUUUUUUCUUUCUUUCUUUCUUUCAUAUCUUUCUUUACUUCUUUUCUUUUAUUCCUUUUUCAUUCGUUUUCAUUCUUUCUUUUUCUUUCUUUUCUUUCUUUCUUUUUUCAUUUUUUUUUACUUCUUUCUUUCAUUAUAUCUUUCUUUGUCAUUUUUCAUUCUUUUUUUCAUUUUUUCUUUUCAUAUCUUUUCUUUACUUUUUCUUUUUUCAUUAUAUCUUUCUUUGUCAUUCGUUUUCUUUCAUUCUUUUUUCUUUCUUUCUUCCGUUUUCUUUUUCUUUCUUUCUUUCAUUCGUUUUCAUAUCCGUUUUCUUUUUUCUUUCCUUCCUUCUUUCUUUCUUUCUUUUUUUCUUCAUUAUAUCUUUCUUUUAUCUUUUAUAUCUUCAUUUUCAUUUUUCAUAUCCGUUUUCUUUACUUCUUUCAACCUUUCUUUUUAUCAUUAUAUCUUUCUUUGUCAUUCGUUUUCAUUCUUUCUUUCUUUCUUUCUUUCUUUCCUUCUUUCUUUCUUUCUUUCUUUCAUAUCCGUUUUCUUUACUUCUUUCAACCUUUCUUUUUAUCAUUAUAUCUUUCUUUGUUUUCAUUUCUUUCUUUUUCUUUCUUUCCUUCCUUCUUUCUUUCUUUUUUCUUUCUUUCAUCCGUUUCUUUACUUCUUUCAUAUCCGUUUUUUAUUUAUCUUCUUUCAACCUUUCUUUUUAUUUCUUUAUUUUUUUUCCUCUUCGUUUAUCAUUCCGUUUUCUUUUCUUUCUUUCUUUCUUUUUAUCUUUUUAUUUCUUUUAUUCUUUUAUUCUUUCUUUCUUUCUUUUUACUUAUGCUGGGCCGUUUCUGUUCUAUUAAUUAG